UUGUCUGCUUUGGUGGUUGCGAUUUUCUCAACUUUGGUGCCGUCGUGAUGCUUUGAAAAAACAAAAAAAGGAAAGUAUCGGCACGAAGUAACAGAUACCGAGAUCCAAAAGUGCCGUUUUAAUCCGCCGAAAUGGCCAUCAAAAGGACGGGUGACGCGCCUCCAGCGCGCCCAAGGAGGCAUCACUACUUGGAAAACGUGCAAACCAAGACAUUCACACCGCUUGAAUACCAAGUGGAGCUUCUGGACACGGCCAAGGGCCAGAACUCGAUCGUGUUCCUGUCUUCGGGAAAGACCUUUAUGGUGGUGAUGCUGGUCAAGGAGCUGGCAUACCAGGUGCGCAGGGACGUCGAGAGCGGCGGCAAGAGGGUGCUUGUCCUUGUGCCCUCAGCGGAGUCUGGCACCCGCCACCAGAAGAUGAUGGAGGACUACACAGACCUCAAGUCGGCCUUCUUCUCUGCUCCGGACAACCGCACCGACUUCCCCAAGCAGUUUGCUGAGCACCAUGUCCUGGUGCUGACGCCCGAGGCUUUUGCGCACCACUUCGUCGAAGCCGACGCGGACAUCGCCGAGACGUUAAUCGAUGCAGUCAACCUCGUCGUCUUCGACGACUGCCACGUGGCGCUCCGCGAGGCCGCCUACGGGCCCGUGCUCGCCUUCCUCCUUGACUUUGUGGCGGAGGGCCGGAUGCGCGUGCUCGGACUUGCGCCGCCGCUGGCUGUGCGGCGCCAGAGGCCGGCUCUGCUCGAGGCCGAGAUUCUCGAACUAGAGGACGGCCUGCAGAGCACGGCGUGCACCUCGAGCGAGCUCACGGUCUUGAGCAAGUAUGGGAGCCGCCCGCGGGAGACGGUGGUGGAGUACGCGUCGUACUGUGGCAACGGGGAGGGGCGCGAGGCGCUCGGCACCAUCUUGCGACUGCUUGACGAGGCCAUGGCAUUCCUGGGCGAGAAGGAGGGCCACCUGGUGGAGAGAGAGCGUGCGGCCCUGCGCCAAUCGCAGCGCUACCUGGUGGAGCUGUGCUACACCCUCGUCACCCUGGGGCCCUGGUGCGCACGCGAGGUCACCGAGCUCUUCCUCAAGGAAGUGAGCCGGGCGGUGGACUCCCUGGGGCCCCUGCCCAGUUGGUCCCGGGUGGCGCUGCUGGUGGUGCACACCGUCCUCCAGCAGGCGGCACGCCUGGCGGGGGAGCUGGCCAACCGGUGGGACCUCGCGCCCAGCGCGGGCUCAAACCAGCCGGCCAAACUGCGUCACCUCCUGCGCAUCCUCAAGGAGUACAAGCCGGCACCGGAAGCCAAUCCGGUGCCCGAAGCUAGUCCAAAGCCGGAAGCCGACCCAGCGUCAACCCAAGACGCGACAUCGGCAAAGUCUGUGGCGGGACCCGAAGAAAUGGCACCCAGUUUACGAUGCAAUGCGCCUAGGGACCAAACUGCUACGUCGGGUGAAAGCGACACAAACAAGGACGACGGGCCGUCGGUCGGGACUCUGUCGUCGGUUAAUGCUUUAGCGAAAGACCUGGUGUCGUUGUCUGUUGCCGACGACGCCGGCCAACUGCCGGGUGCCACGGUGGGCACUGGCAGUGCCGGCGAACUGCCGGGUGUUACGGCUGGCGACGCCAAGGACGUGGCGGCGUCGGGGUCGGUCGCCGGCGACUCGACUGUGGCGACGCAGCCGCGACCGGUCGCACGACCGGACAUCGUGGACGACCCUAAUGCUCUGUGCGGGAUCGUGUUUGUGCGGCAGAGGAUCACCGCCUACAUCCUCAGCCUGUGGCUGUCGGAGGUGGCGGCGCGGUUCCCCGAGGAGUACGGGUUCAUUACGCCCAACUUCCUGGUGGGGCGGUCGACGCCUCCUCCAGUGGCACCUGGUGGCCGCGGCCGUGCCGGGGGCGACGUGGUAGCGGCGCUGGCCCUGACGCCGCUUGGCCUGCAGCGACAGGAGGAGGUGCUGCAGAAGUUCCGGGCAAGGGAGUGCAACCUUCUGGUGGCUACCAGCGUGGUGGAGGAAGGCAUUGAGGUGCCCCGCUGCAACCUGGUGGUGCGCUUCGACCCACCGGAGAACCUGCGAGCCUACAUGCUGUCCAAGGGCAAGGCCAAGGCGGCCCACUCUCGCUACUUCGUGCUCGUGCCCAGGGAGGAGAGCGCUCGCUUCCUCGAGGACCUGCACGACCACCGCACCACCGAGCAGAUCCUGUUAGAACGCAGUCAUGUGGAAGACACCACCCUGGACGAGGAAGUGGAUCCGACUUUUGCAGACAGCCUCAAGCCGCCCUACAAGCCACUGGAAGCCGAGGACGCCCCGAAGGUCUCUAUGUCCACGGCCAUCGCGCUGGUCAACAGGUACUGUGCCAAGCUUCCCAGCGACACCUUCACGAGACUCACCCCCACGAGCAGCAUGACCGAGGUGAACGUCGAGGGCGACCGCGACACCACGCUGUACCGCUGCUCUCUACACCUGCCCAUCAAUUCCCCCCUCAAGCGCUGCAUCGUGGGCGACCCCAUGCCCGGAAAACUGCUCGCCAAGCAGGCGGUGGCACUCAAGACGUGCGAAGAGCUCCACAAGAUGGGCGAGCUGGACGACAACCUGGUGCCUCAGGGCAAGGAGGCGAUGCGGCUGGCGCUGGACCAAAGCGCCGGACGCUUCCCCGAGGAGGAGCUCCAGCCGGGGGCUCCCAGGCCGGGCACCACCAAGCGCCGCCAGUACUACGACAAGAAGGUGUCCGAGGUGCUGAAAGGCCAGCAGGUGGGUGCGGCCGGCCAGUGCCACCUGUACGCCUUCUCCAUGAAGCUGACAUGCCCGAUCCCGGAGGAGCAGAACACGAGGGGCCGCAAGAUCCACGACCCCGCAGACACCCUCCGCGGUUUCGGACUCCUCACCUCCACCCGCAUCCCCCCGAUCUGCAGCUUCCCGGUGUUCACGCGGUCGGGGGAGGUGACGGUGCGACUGGAGCACGUGAGCUCCUCCCUGGGGCCCCUGAGCUCCCAGCAGGUGGGGGACCUGCGGAACUUCCACCGCUACACCUUCACCAACGUGCUUCGCCUCGAGAAGUACCCGAUGACCUUCGACCCCCAGGGAAACGCCUGCUCCUUCCUCGUUGUGCCCAUCAACCACGCGUCCGGCAGCACCGCCUGCGGCAUUGACUGGCCUUUCGUCCAACGCAUCUGCGAGGAACAGAGCUUUGCACCCCGCAGAAUUCCCGAAGAGGAGCGCGAGCUGUUCGUCUUCAAGGAGGAAGACUACCUCGACACCGUGGUGAUGCCAUGGUACCGGAACUUGGACAAGCCGCAGUUCUUCUACGUGGCAGAGAUCUGCCACGACCUGAAUCCAAAGAGCGACUUCCCGGACGCGGGCUUCGAGACCUUUGACGCCUACUACAGGGAGAAGUACGACAUCCGGGUGGUGGACGGGCGCCAGCCGCUGCUGGACGUGGACCACACGUCGGCGCGGCUGAACCUGCUGACGCCGCGCUACGUGAACCGCAAGGGGGUGACGCUGCCCACGAGCAGCGAGCAGACCAAGCGGGCCAAGCGGGAGAGCCUGCAGCAGAAGCAGAUCCUGGUGCCCGAGCUAUGCCUGGUCCACCCGUUCCCGGCCUCUCUCUGGCGCAAGGCCGUCUGCCUGCCCUGCGUCCUCUACAGGAUGAACUCCCUUCUGCUGGCGGAGCAGCUGCGGCUUACGGUGGCGCGGGAGGUGCACGUGGGCACGCCCGAGCUGCCCGGGGACUUCGAGUGGCCCACGCUGGACUUCGGCUGGACCCUGGCGGACGUGCUGCGGAAGGCCCAGGAGGCCGCCAAAGCUGAGGAGGAGCGCGCGGCUGACCUGCUGGAGCGCACCGGCAUCCAGCCCGUGCGCAUCUCUCCCGCCGACGUCUGGCGCGCGGGCCCCGAGGAACCCGCCUACCCGCAGGACCUGGUCAUCGACACCUUCGACCCGAGCAAGGUCGAGAUCCCCGACGACGACCAACUGGCGGACCAGCUGGCAGACCAGGAAGUGAGCGCCAUCACCCUGGGCGGGCCGAAGGGCCCCAACUUCGACUGGAAGCCGAUCCCCAAGCUCCCCGGGGAGCCCACGCCCGUGCCCCGCAUCCGCUACGGGUCGCCGAGCAACUUCGAGGCCGAGGGCUGGGACUCCGAGUGGGACACAGACAUGGAGGACAGCUCCUUCGUAACCCUCGACAUGCCGGGCCUGGGCUACAUCUCGGCGCCGGGCGUCUUCAACAUGCAGGGUCUCUCGCUCGACCUGGCGUCGUGCCGGGACGACGACGUAUGGGACAGCUUCGACGAAGACGAGGAGGACGAGGUGGACAUCGCGUUUGCGCGGGCGGAGUGGAAGGAGUCGCUCGAGGAGGGGGAAGAGGAGGUGGGAAAGAGGGCGGAGGAACAGGUCGACUGGCUUUCGCGCUGCAGCCGCGACCAGGGGGGGCGGGAGAGGGCGGGGGUGCUUGCAGAGCCCGCGGAGGAGGAGCGGGAGGUGGACCCCCGCGUGGAGGAGAGGGUUGCAGAGAUUAGGCAGAAGUGCGCGACAAGUCUGGAGGUGUGGAGAAGCGGCGACGCCACGGAAGAGAACUCCGGGGAGCAGAAGAAGUUGUGCGACUCGUUUGAACGGAUUUCCGAAGCGCUGCGCAGGAUCGCGGAGUACGAGGAAGACGGGCCCGGCAGGACAGAAGAGGCGGCAACCGCAAUGGGCCGCGACGCCGGCAGCACCGUCGAGACACCGGACGGGAGCGUCCUGGCUUUCGGCGAACUCCUCCCGGACCGGGACGCAGCGAGGACGGCCGCGGAGGACGAAGGCUGUUCCGCGGUGGUGCGGUUCGACGAGCGGCCCGACCUGUCGAGCCACAGCGGGCCGAGCCCCAGCAUCCUGCUCCAGGCGCUGACCAUGUCCAACGCCAAUGACGGCAUCAAUUUAGAGCGCCUGGAGACGGUGGGGGACUCAUUCCUCAAGUACGCCGUGACGGCUCACCUGUACUGCACCCACCCGAGUGUGCACGAGGGCAAGCUGUCCCACCUACGCAGCCGCCAGAUCAGCAACCUCAACUUAUAUCGGCUGGGGCGGGCCCGCCGCCUCGGCGGGCUCAUGGUUGCGACCAAGUUCGAACCGAGCGACAACUGGCUACCGCCGGGCUACGUAGUUCCGCCGGGGUUAGAGCGGGCGCUGAUCGAAUCUGGGCUCCCCGCAGGCCACUGGAACAUCGGCGCACUCGCGGGUCUGACCCAGAUGGACGAGGAGGAGAUUCGGCAGACGCUUGCGGAGCGCCGCAAGAAGGUGCGGAACCUGGAGGAGGUGCUCGCGGAGGAGAGCGGCCUGGACGCGGCCCCGUACGUCCCGUACAACCUGCUGACACAGCACAGCAUCCCGGACAAGAGCAUUGCGGACUGCGUGGAGGCACUCAUCGGGGCCUACCUCGUGUCGUGCGGUCCCCGCGCUACGCUGCUCUUCAUGUCGUGGCUCGGACUGGAGGUGCUACCGAGGGACCGGACGGCGGAGGCGCUCCGGGACGUGAGCGCGCCGCUGUACCGCACCCUGGAGUCGCCGCUGGUGUCGCCCGACGACGGAUCGGCACUGGCGCAGCUGCUCUCCGGCUACGACGCCUUCGAGGCGCGCAUCGGGUACCGCUUCCGGGACCGGGCCUACCUGCUGCAGGCGUUCACGCACGCGUCAUACCACUACAACCGGCUGACGGACUGUUACCAGCGCCUGGAGUUCCUCGGGGACGCUGUGCUGGACUACCUCAUCACGCGCCACCUCUACGACGAUCCCCAGCGCCACUCACCGGGCACUCUGACGGACCUGCGCUCGGCGUUGGUCAACAACACCUUUUUUGCGUCGCUGGCCGUCAAGUAUGACUUCCAUCGGUACUUCAAGAAUGUGUCGCCGGGCCUGUUCGCGGUCAUCCAGCGGUUCGUCGAGACCAAGUGCCACAGCGACGGCUUCCGGUACCACGAGAAGUACUACCUGGAGGAAGAGGAGUGCGAGGAGGCCGAGGAGGUGGAGGUUCCGAAGGCGCUGGGCGACAUCUUUGAGUCUGUGGCCGGCGCCAUCUUCCUGGACAGCAACAUGUCCCUGGACACGGUCUGGAGGGUCUACUAUGCCAUGAUGAAGCCCGAAAUAGAGUACUUCAGCACCCACGUGCCCAAGUCUCCCAUCAGAGAACUCCUGGAGCUUGAACCUCAGACGGCCAAGUUUGAGAGGGCCGAGAUGACGUUGAACGGCAAGGUGCGCAUCCGCGUCGAGGUGUUCGGCAAGGGCCGCUUCGUCGGCGUGGGCCGCAACAAGCGCAUCGCCAAGUGCACCGCCGCCAAGAGAGCCCUGCGUGCGCUCAAGCGCAUGAGACAGGACGGACAGUCCCUGCUCUAGGUGCCGCAGCGGCUGGAGGAGCUCCGGAAGCCUCUCGUGGCUGGGCAGUCCGGUCGACGGAGGACAUCCGCAGAGCGGCGAUCCCCCUUGGUGCGCUGCCUGGGCCGAAUCUUCGACUGGUGCGGUUACCGCCUCCUAAAAAGUGGUCCCUCGACGACGUCGUAAAAGUGUCGCGCUGUCGCUGGCUGCUGCAUUUAUUCGGUUACCCGCCUUACCCUUCCUGAAGUUACCAACAAUCUAUUCAAAAGUAGAAUAUAACGUACCCGCGAUAAACCACUCGGAAUUCGACUUGGAAACAAAGAAUGUGGCAACAAAACGAAAACGGUACCAACCAGUUUAUCUGGGCAACCCUGAGGCAGGAGUGAUGGGGAACUCUUAGGUUCUUUGAUCUACCUAUUUUGUCGUUUUGCUUGCGUCGGGAUUUUUUUCACAUCUUGGCAACCUCCCGAUUCAUCGCUGCUUCUGUGUGGAGGAGCUUUCGGUGCCGACGUCUUUGCAGCAUUGCCGAGUGGUCCGUGCUGAGCGGCAUUCGAGGCCGUUCAGCUAGUUCUUCAGCCUGCUCAGCGGAAUUGGGCAUAUAUUGAAAUGGUUUAUGUCGAGUUUUUACGCGCGUGGGUGACUGCGGGUGGAUUUUAAGGAUUUUACUUUUUUUGAGACACCACGAUUGUGCUUAAGAUUGUCUAAUCGUGCGUUACUUGAGAUACAUAUUGACGAUUUCCUUGGCAUGUUUGUAGGCGUUGCUGAUGACGACGCCCUCCGAAUGAAGCAUUUAUUAUGUAAAUAUGCGGCGAAUGAAGGGUCACAUUGAAUGCAAUUAGGAAUUACUAGAAGACUGCAUAGUUCUUUUUCAAAUGGCGAUUUGUAAAUACGUCACUCACGACGAAGUUUGAAUGUUUUGCAUGCUUAUGGUGCCGAAAUCCUUCGUGAACUGCUGAUAUAAAGUAUUUUUUAAUGUGA